CUUAAUAAGCCAUCAAACAUUUUCAAAACCCUUGGUUCAGACUCAUAACUCACUCAAAGUGGGAAAUUCACUUGUUAUAUUCAUACAUUUCUAAAAUGUCGUCCUACAUUUCGCGUCUACUUAAGGCUCAGUCCGCCUCCAAGCGUUUGAUCUCCAAUUUAACCCAGCGUGACGGAAAGCUAAGCUCUUUGCUUCGGCGACUAGGAUUGCAGUGGCAAGGAGGAGCAGCCGCUGCUCCUCAACAGCGUCCCAUAUCCACAACUCAGGUGCAAAAGUCAGCGCUAAUUGCGGACGAUCAACUGGUCACCGGGAUUCAGAAGCGCGAAAUGCUGCUGGCCAAGCAGGGCUGCGAGGACCCUUGGGGUUUCACAAAGGUGAUCAGGCGCGGAUCGGGAAGGGAGAACGACCCCACCGUCGUGCCAUCGGCGUUCGAUGCCCGCCUCGUAGGCUGUCUGUGCUUGGACGACCGCUUGCCCAAGUGGAUGUGGAUUGAGAAGGACGAGGGACCGAAGCGGUGCGAGUGCGGCCACUACUUCAUCCUGAAGAAUGUCCCACCCGUUUAGAUCGAUCACACAGAGCGCUGUACUUAACACGAACACACUUAACAUGAUCCUCAGCUGGCAUUAAACAUUGCAUGAUAUUAUCAA